GGCGCGGAACUCCUCUGUACGGGGCGGCCAAGCCAGGGAAGGAAUCGUAUGAGCCAAGGCGCGUCACGUGUUGGGGUAUCACGUGACUGGCGUGCGUCCCGCCCUGGCCGAGUUGUCGGUCACGUGGCGGGGAGGGGUCAUGUGACCCUGUGGCCGUUGGGCGGCGCGCGCGCCUGCCCCGUGAUGGCGGAGGAGUCGGCGGAGGACUGGCUGGUGGAGUCCUUGCGGCUAUAUAAUGAUUUGCAUGUGUUUGAGCUUCAAGAGCCGACAAGAGUCAUUGAAUGGAUAGGAGAAAAAAGUGUUUGUGUAGCGGGAUGUGAAAACUCCAGAAGAAAUGAAAUUCUCCAGCUCCUGUUGCCUCAAAAACUGUGUGUGAAAGAGAAGCAGGGUUUGUGUCCCGAGAGAGAUUUCAAAGUGGAGCGUGGUGGAUUUUCCAACCGCCCUGUGUACAGCCUGCGGCAUGUGCCAGACACCAGCUUGCUGGUAACAAGUGGCCCACCAGAUACUUCCCUGCAGGUGUGGCAGUUGGCAGCGGAGGACACUGAUGUUAUUAAAUCUGUAAGUACCAUCCCUACGGGAAAUGACAGCAAGAAAUCUUGGGCUAAAAUUGCAACCACUUUGGCCAGAACCCCCUGUGUCCUUCAUGGCUCAAGAGUCAACAAUGUCCAAAUUACAGAGAUUGAAUCAAAGAAAAACAUCUACACAGCAGCCUCUAGUAUCAGCGAUGAGGUCAGCGGCCUGGAAUUCCUGGACUGUAAUACUUGGCUGGCCUGCUGUGUGAAGGGGCAGCUGUGCCUGGCAGAUGUUCGACAGCCGCAGAGUCCCCAGGGUGAUAUGUCCGUUCCUUCGGCGCUCAGUGGGGAGCAGUGGUGCAUGGGUGUCAGUUCUGGUCUGCAGGGCUCUGAUGUGAAUGCACCCACCAUAGCCCGCCUCUCGUCUGGAGGACAGCUCACACUAACGGACUUGAGAAAUAUCCCAAAGCCUCUGAAAUCGGCCAGGUGCAAAGUUUCUGCAGCCAGCCAAAGUGCGGAGUUCCUGUGCGUCUCGUGGGCUCCUGUUCUGGACGGAUGUCUCGCCGUUUCAGGCUUCAAUGGGACCGUUGACAUCUAUGACACACGGAGCUGGCCUGUGUCUGGUGGAGAGGCAGAGUCGCUGUUUAGUCACAAAGGACAUAUCAUCAGUGGCAUGGACAACGGUGGUGACUUUCCCCUGGUUACAACACAUGCUUGGCAUCCGUGGAAACCAAGAAUGUUGUUAUCAGCAGCAAGUGAUGGCUCCCUGCAUGUCUGGGACUGGGCAGAGUCUCACAAGGAAAGUUGAUCUGUCUUCCUGUUAUGAAAACUCAGACUGAUUUUUUUCUGAAAUCUGCUGCCCUUGCACAUGUAACCCUGUGUAUAAGGGACACUCUAGACUGAAGAUCAUUGUUCAGAAUAAGUUUUACACUCUCUGGAUUAUUUAAAACAGUAUGAAUUUUAAACAUCUAUUUCAUUUGUCGCCAUUUUUCCUUUUUUAGUUCUUGCAUCCUCCUCAGACUGCCCUCAUGUGGCCUGUGUCACUUACUGCUUCUCAAAGCUGCUGUGAGCUGGCUUCCCACACCACCGGGGAAAAUCUGCAACCCAAGACAGCAACAUUUCAGUCAAGUUUUAAUAGCAUGAGAAUAGUUUCACUAAUGAAACUGCUGUGCACCGGGCAAUCCACGCUUAUGGCUCCUGUGAUGUUGACAGCAGCCUUUCAACAUUAAUACACCUAGCUUAAUUUUGAAAGGUGUUUUGACUUUUCUUGUGCAACUAAGACCAAGAAAGUGUGGAUAAUACCUCGUAGCUCAUGCAUAGCACUUUUCAUCAGGAUAAGUGUCUGAUCGUUUUACUAGCCUCCAAUCCCAUUCUGUGUUUGUUAGUUGCACGUAAUGCUUUACAGACAAAAUCCCUGCCCCAAAUACCUUACACUCAAAUGUCUAAACCCUGCAGCCACGUAUGCCUGAGCAGCGCCCCAUUGAUUUCAGUGAAACACCUUGUGAGUAUACAGGGCUCCAAUUGUAGGCCCAGGGCUUAUGAUGGAGGACGUCAGGGUGAAUUGUUGUAACAAAUACACGUGACAAUCUGCUGUUGAAGUUUGGCUUAUGUUUAACUGCAGGGUUUUGUGUACUGUGUGUCACAAAGUGCUGUGUUACAGUCAGACCAUACAAAGGAGGUGGCUGCUGAAAGUCUCGGUGAAGAAAAUGAAUGUGAGCAGAGGGGGAGCAAGGUAGCUAGAUUCAUAGGGGACAAGAAUUCACUCCUCUUCAGAGGUCCUGGGCAUCACGUCAGCUCCAUUUUGGCCUAGGUCUCAGCUGCUUCUGCUCUUUCUGUGUCAGCUCUUAAGCUUGUUUGUCUUCAGCCAGAGCUCCAGCCAGUCUUCGCUUUCCUCCUGCUGUGUGUAAUUCUGCUCCCAUGGGAUCGUGGCCUGUCCUUGUUUUCUUUCAGCAGCAGUUGGCACCUGUCCUUUGCAACGUCACUGCCUCCCUGCUUGGUUUGUGGUACUGAGUGCACAGACAAGCUUGUGUUUGGGGUGAUGGGGAGGAUAGAGUCCAGGGGAUUAAGCUUUAGCUGGCACUCCAGACGCACCCCGCACAGUAUUGUGUAUAUAUUGAAAAUGUUGGUACUAGUAGAGGGCAUAGACUGAUUCCAAGGCCAGACGGGACCAUUGUGAUCAUCUAGUCUGAUCUUCUGUGAAGCACAGGCCAGAGACCUGCAUCAAACUAAUUCCUAGGGCAGAGCUUUUAGAAGAAAUCUGAUCUUGAUUUAAAAAUUGUCAGUGAUGGUGAAUCCACCACGACCCUUGGUGAAUUGUUCCAAUAGUUAAUCACUCUCAUCGUUAAAAAUGUGCACCUGAU